AUGCGCUUCAAACCCCAGCCCCUCGUCAUCGCCAUGCUGGCAGCCAGCCAGCCCGCACACGCAGCCACGCGCAUCACCGACGAGGAAAUGACUUCCCUGCUGGACAACGGCGGCGCCGAUCUGGCCGAUCGAUAUGCCCCGAUGUGGUUCUUCGGCGAAUGGGACAACCACCACCCGUGCUAUCCGACGUGGGCGUUUGGCGGCUCACCCUCGAUGCCGGAUGUAUACGACGACGCGCACAAGACGCCUCCCGCGCCGCAGUGCGAUUACCCAGAUGUCGGGUGUCGCUGUCGGAAUCCAGGCGUGGACCGCGGUCACCCAGGCCCGGCGUUUCCCAUCUACUACACGUAUCGGAAAUGCAACGAUACGGAUGUGCGCGUGGUAUAUAAUCUGUUCUAUGAGAAGGAUGGGGCGGAGGUGUUGGAUAUCAUUGACACCGGGCAUGAUUAG